CGUUAGCAUGCAAGAACUGGGAUGAGCAAUGCAUCAGCUGUAAAAGAGCUUUACAUUUUCGAUGAAGCGAUGACGAGUUUUAUUGUGCGUUUUCAAAUGUUUAUGUGAUAAAUGCGUUAUCGGUUGUAGCUGUUGUCGCUCCCACCGUAUCCGUUUCUAUUAUGUUGCUUGGUAGCAGCAACACAGAGUAACGUUAGCUAACGGAUCAGGCUAUAUCAUCAGCAGGCAAGCUAGCGUUAAUAUGUGGCUAAAAUAGAGAAUUACGAUGGGGUAAAUGAUUCAUUUGGAAUAUAUUUAACACGACCUCACCCUAAAAUCUUGCUGAUACCUGUGUGAUUUCGUGUUUUAAGGCCCACUCACAGACCUAAGUCGAGGGGAACCAUACUAAGUCACUUUGAGUGCAAGCUACACUCACGAGCCGCUAUAAUAGCUUGUCUGCUCUCCAUGAUUGUCCAUGAAACAGUGGUAAUGAUGAUGGUGGUGGUGAUGAUGAUGAAUGUGUGAAAGCCCGUGGUCCCCUUGCUGCACUGCACACUUCCUUAUGGAUUCCAGCAAUGAGGAGGCACUUGAUAUCAUUGUCACCAAUGUGGUGGCAACUUUCAGGACUAGGUGCCACCUUAACCUGCGCACUAUUGCCUUAGAAGGAACUAACGUCAUCUAUAAGCCGGAAGUAGGGAAAGUCCUGAUGAAGCUUCGUAAACCCAAGAUAACGGCCUCAAUCUGGUCCUCAGGGAAGAUUAUCUGCACUGGAGCGACAAGUGAGGAUGAGGCAAAGCUGGGUGCUCGCAGGUUAGCGCGCUGUCUGCAGAAACUAGGCUUCAAGGUGAGGUUUUCAGCCUUCCGAGUUGUGAACGUGCUGGCAGUGUGCUCCAUGCCCUUUGCAGUCCACCUCAUAGACUUCACUAAGAACAACCGACCUAUUGCCAGUUAUGAACCAGAACUGCAUCCUGCUGCCACCUACAGGAUCAAAACUCUCAAGGCUACUAUACAGGUGUUCUCUACUGGCAGCGUCACAGUUACAGGCCCAAAUGUGCAGAAUGUGGCCACAGCUGUGGAGCAGGUCUACCCACUACUGUUUGAGUGUCAGAAGCCCCUCUGCAAAUGAAGACAUAAGAAGACAUUCAUCAGUGAAAGAAAAUACAAGACUGAUAAGGAAGCACUAUAUCUUUGGAUUUGCUUAAUUUUAAUCACCACCUGGCAACAGCCACAAAUGUCUUAACAUAAUCAGCAGGCUUGAUAUCACCUGGAUCUUGGAAUUUUAAAAAUUCUCAACAAACCCAGUUGGGGUUACAAGAUCUCGAUGUCAUCGUGAAUUGCGGUUUGCCUAAACAUGCAAACUUCUUCAUAACUUCAUAUGUUUGAGUAGAAGUUGCUCGUCCUUGCUCUCACCCAUAAUUUGCUCUGGAUGUUUUUGCAUGGACACAGAAAGACCAGCUUUGAAAAAUCUAAACGUGCUUAACAGUUGUGACCAUUGCAAAGAGUCAGUAUGUUAACACUGAGAAGCCUCACUUUGCACCCUAUAUACACCAAAUCAUCUCAUAUGCCAUGAUCUGGGAGAAUUCCAGUCCAUGACUCAUUUUUAGGGAUGAUGACACAAAUUCAAGGAAUCUGCUGUGCUAUCUGUAGUUUAACCUAAAGAGGAAACCACAGACUGAGAAACAGAAUCAAACUAGUGGGCAAAACAUUAUAAAUAUCUGCUCACAGUAUGUUUUUAUUUCAGAUUUUGUUAGCUUUCUCACAUUUUUGACUGGUUGUCCAUUUACUAAACAUCUGUUCUAAUUCUGCAACACUGGAACAGAAUGUACACGUGUCCUGUGACCGUAUUUUGUUAUUUUCAAAUGAGAAGUUUAAACACAAGGUAAACUUUUAAAUAUUUAACUGUAGAUCAAUGUCAUAAAUGUUUUGGAAGGGAUGAAAACUUUUUAAGGGUUUAGAAAGUUUUAUUUUUCAAGUGGUGAAUUGUUAAGCCAUAAGUUUCAUGUUUGUUUUCACUUACACAACUAGGGGUCCUUUGUCGAUUGGGUAAUAGUGGCAGUGCAACACAAAAUAUUCCAACAGUGAGCUUUCUAGUAGGUGAAGGUAUAAAAAGCUAAUAAAAAAAACUGUCCAGGUUUGGUCUUGGAAAUUAGAACAGGCACAGGGCAAAGUACCAGAAAAUCACUGAGGAACAGGAUUGUGAUGUUUGAGUGACUAUGACAAAGGAAUUAACUCUGCUAAGUCAUACAGAGUCACAUGGCAGUUAGCACUGUCCUCUGUCUGACGGUUUGGCAAUAGAUUCACUGAGUUUUUAAAGGAACCCAAGACUAUUAAUAAUGUUUAAAGAAGACCUACUCAAAUCAUGUCCCGGGUCCAUGCCAGUGCCUGGAUCAUACCAUUUUCUUAAAUAACAAGGAGAGGAAGUGAUUUAACAGGAAAGCACAAUCCUAGUCAUAAUCUGCUCUUGGUUGUAUUGAGUCUAACUUGCAUAAAGGUCACAUAUGUAUGUAUGUAGGUAAUAAAUGUUUCUGAUGGGAAAGAUGUUCACUCGUCUCAAGUAUGUGGGACAGACUUUGUGAACCAGUGUCAACUAUAGAUUUGUGACACUUCUUCAUAAUUUUGUAUUUUGUAUAAAAAUAAAAGUUGAUGAUGAAACAGG